AUGGUUCUUGCUGAUGCUGUGAAUAGCAAACUACCUUCGAAUCUUUCUCUUCUAAAGUCGGAAAAGUCUGAGGUUGUUGAUGGGAAUGUAGAGUGGAUGCACGAGGAGGAGAAAGGAGAGGUGGUUGAAGGAAAAGUUGAUUGGAAAGGAAGAAGAGCUCUGAAACACAAACAUGGAGGGAUGACAGUUUCUUUGCUCGUACUAGCCAUGACUGUUACCGAGAACAUGGCAACUAUCUCACUAGCAGUGAACUUGGUGACAUACUUCAAUGGGAUUAUGCAUUAUGAUAUAGCAGAUGCAGCUAACAUGGUCACUAACUUCUCCGGUGUUGCUUACAUACUCUCCAUUGUGGUGGCCAUUGUUGCGGAUACAUGGAUUGGCAGAUACAAAUGCGUUCUUAUCUCUGGCUUCUUUGAGUUUUUGGGACUGGUAUUGCUUACAGUACAGGCACACUAUGCUAGCCUGAAGCCACCCAUUUGUGACAUCUCUGAAAAAAAUGCACAUUGUGAAAAACUUGGUGGUAAGUAUGAAGCUUUUUUGUACAUUAGCCUCUACUUGUUGGCAUUCGGAAGUGCAGGAGUGAAAGCUUCCCUGCCAUCACAUGGUGCUGAUCAAUUUGAUGAAAGAGACCCCAAAGAAGCAAGGCAACUUUCCAGCUACUUCAACGGUUUAUUAUUAGCUGUUUGCAUUGGUGCUGCAUUCAGCUUAACCUUUAAUGUGUGGAUACAAGACAAUAAAGGAUUUGAUUGGGGCUUUGGGAUAUCAACCAUUGCUGUAGUUUUGGGCACCAUCAUCUUUGCUUUUGGGUUGCCAAUGUACCGAAUUCAUGUUACAAAAACAACAAGUGGUAUCAUUGAGAUCAUACAGGUCUACAUUGCUGCAAUUCGCAACAGAAACCUUCCCCUUCCUGAAGAUCCUAGAGAACUAUACGAGAUUGAACAGGACAAAGAAGCUGCAGUGGAAAUAGAGUAUCUACCUCAUAGAGAUAUAUUGAGAUUUUUGGACAGAGCAGCCAUCCAAAGAGAAUCUGAUGUGCAACCUGAGACACCAGAGGCUCCAAAUCCAUGGAAACUAUGUAGAGUUACCCAAGUAGAAAAUGCGAAGAUCAUUCUAAGCAUGGUCCCAAUACUCUGCUGCACAAUUAUAAUGACCCUUUGCCUAGCACAACUCCAAACCUUCUCAGUCGAACAAGGAUACACAAUGGACACAAGCAUCACCAAACACUUUCACAUCCCACCAGCAUCUCUAUCAAUCAUCCCAGUUGUCUUCCUAAUCAUUAUUGUCCCUUUCUAUGACCGAAUCUGUGUACCUCUUCUACGGAAAUUCACUGGUAUUCCCACUGGCAUUACCCACUUGCAACGCAUAGGAGUUGGCCUAAUACUCUCUUCCAUCUCUAUGGCAAUUGCAGCAAUCAUAGAGGUGAAAAGGAAAGGAGUUGCUAGAGACAACAACAUGAUUGAUGCUUUGCAAGUGGUUCAGCCAUUACCCUUAAGUAUAUUCUGGCUUUCUUUUCAGUACUUUGUAUUUGGCAUAGCUGACAUGUUUACCUAUGUUGGGCUUCUUGAGUUCUUCUAUUCAGAGGCACCAAGAGGGCUUAAAUCUACAUCAACAUGUUUCCUUUGGUGUUCUAUGGCCGUUGGCUAUUUUUUAAGUGCCAUAUUGGUACAAACCGUCAAUGGUGUCACCAAGAAUAUUACUGCAAGUGGAGGCUGGUUAGCAGGGAACAACAUUAACAGAAACCAUCUCAACCUGUUCUACUUGUUCCUUUCCAUACUGAGCUUGAUCAACUUCUUUGUUUACUUGCUUUUUUCAAACAGGUACAAGUACAGGCCUCAAGGCUCUAUAGUUACAGAUGGGAAUUCCGAAGAGUGA